AUACGGGCUGGGCCCAAGCAGAGUUUCUACGGGGCCCGGAGGCGCCCCCGCUUCGCGGCACGCUGUGAGUCACCGUCCACCACCUGCUGCUGUCGCCAGGGCCCGCGUCCUCUCCGGACCUGUGGCUGCUGCUGUUGCGUAGCGUCGACUCCUUCGAGAAGCAGACCGUCCCUCCCCAGGGUUGCGAGUGACUCGGGCACCAUCACCCUGUGCUGUAAAGACCUGCGAGUGCUGCAGCUGGAAAUAGAGGGCGCGGAAGCGACGCUGGGCAUCGCCCGCUCCAUCGAGGGCCUGAGAUUGGGCGACUCCUGGCACUUCCUCCCGCCCGAACGCUACUGCAAGAGAGUAGCUCGCGAAGUGAGCGCGGUCGUAGGGGCCCGGGAAGGUGGAAGCGCCGGGCCUGGAAGAGGCGCGGAGACAGGGCACUCCCUGGGUGCCCUAGACCUGGCCUCUCUCCUCCCUGCGCUGCAGACCAACGCUUGGCGGCUGAGCGAGGUUCUGCUACGCUCCAGCCAGCCCCUAACUGGUCCCCAGAAGCGGCGCUGCGAGAGGGACCAGGAGCUGCUGCGAACUGCGCUGGCAGGGGCUCGUCCUUGGGCGCGGGGCUUCAUCAUGGACACGCUCUCGGCCCAAGCAGCGAAACAGGCCCGCGUGACUCGCGGAGGCACGGAGACCAAGGCCGCUUAACCUGGCUGGUUGCACUGGUCCCUGGAGAGAGGGCGUCCCCUGCAGGAGAGCUUCAUGAGCCUGGUGGAGGCCUGUGGGGACUCGGAGCAAAGCAUGGCUGAGUCGGCUGGACGGCUGCCGCUGACUGUAACAUGUAAAGCAGGCACUGAGCACCACCUGCCUGGCAGUCCAGGGCAUGGAGAGGCACAGACAGCACACUGCUUGUGACUUCACUGGCCCAACUCAUCCUGGACCCCUUGAGCAAGGCCAUGGCUGGAUUCCAGGAACUGGUGGAGUGGAAGUGGAUCCAGGAAAGCUGGCCACCCCUUCCAGCUGCGCUGUGCCCAUUCAGCCUUCUCCCAUGCCCAACCCAAGCACAAGGCACCCACCUUUCUCCUCUUCCUGGACUGCGUGUGGCAGCUGGGCCGCCGGUUCCCACUGUCAUUGGAGUUUGGGGAAGGGCUACUGUUGGCGCUGUUUGGGCACGCCUAUGCCUCCUCUUUUGGCACCUUCCUCUGCAACAGCGAAAAGGAGAGGUGAGCUGAGGGGGUGUUGAGGUAGGUUAGGGGCAGGCACAGGAAAGGGUUGGAUACCUGUGCCAUCAGUGCCUUACUUCCUUUUUUUUUUUUUUUUUGAGAUGAAGUCUCGCUCUGUCACCUGUCGCCUGGUCUGGAGUGCAGUGGCGUGAUCUGGGCUCACUGCAACCUUUGCCUCCCUGGUUCAAGCUAUUCUCCAGCCUCAGCCUCCCGAGUAGCUGCGAUUACAGGCAUGUGCCACCAUGUCCGGCUAAUUUGUAUACUUUUAGUAUAGAUGGAGUUUCACCAUAUUGGCCAGUCUGAUCUCAAACUCCUGACCUCAGGUGAUCUGCCCACCUCGGCCUCCUAAAGUGCUGGGAUUACAAGCGUGAGUCACGGCGCCCAGCCAGCACCUUACUUCCUUAGGAGCCAUCUUUCCCGGAUUCAAGUGGGUUUGUCUUUUAGGAAAACUGAGUGUUCUCCUUGCCCCACCUCCAAAUCUCAUACUUCCUCCUAACUUCUGCAAACCCAGAGAUAAAUAGGUCCAAGGCCAAUCCUUUAGACACACCUACUCUGUCCAUAGCCAAUUGCAAGUGAACCCCUACCUUGAAAACAAGGAUUAAAGGGGAAAUUUGCUGCAAAAAUAAUUUCUAGGGCUCUCUACCACUUUGCAAGGUCGAUUGUUUCAAAGCAAUAGAACAGAGGUUGAAAGCAGAGUGGAAUCAUUUGGGCUCAAAUUCCAGUUUCACCACUCACCUGCUGGGUGUUCAUAGCAAACCCGUCUGAGUCUCAAUCUCGUCGGUAGCAUGAAGGGGAUAAGAGCAGCCAUAAUCUGGCCAGGCGUGGUGGCUCACGCCUGUAAUCCCAGCACUUUGGGAGCUGAGGCAGGCAGGUCACCUGAGGUCAGGAGUUUGAGACCAGCCUGGCCAACAUGGUAAAACCCCAUCUCUACUAAAAAUGCAAAAAAUUAGGCCUGGCACGGUGGCUCACACCUGUAAUCCCAGCACGUUGGGAGGCUGAGGUGGGCAGAUCACAAGGUCAGGAGAUCGAGACCACCCUGGCUAACAUGGUGAAACCCCCUGCCUACUAAAAAUACAAAAAAUUAGCCGGGCAUGUUGGCACCCGCCUGUAGUCCCAGCUACUCAGGUGGCUGAGGCAGGAGAAUCACUUGAACCUGGGAGUCGGAGGUUGCGGUAAGCCAAGAUCCCACCACUGCACUCCAGCCUAGGUGUCAGAGCAAGACUCCAUCUCAAAAAAAUAUAAUUAGCCGGGCGUGUUGGCACAUGCCUGUAAUCCCAGCUACUUGGGAAGCUGAGGCAUGAGAAUUGCUUGCACCUGGGAAGCAGAGGUUGCAGUGAGCCGAGAUCAUGCCAUUGCAUUCCAGCCUAGGCAACAGGGUGGGACUCCAUUAAAUAAAUAAAUAAAUAAGUAAAUAGAAGAAGUGGUAUUUUUAUUAUUUGGUUGGCUUGUUGCAUAUGCUGCCUAUCAGCCCCAGAUGCCAGCUGUCUUAUGAGAUUGAGAGAUGCGGGGAGGGAGGGUUCACCUUUCCAGGGUGAAGAUCAGAUUUAGUUAUCUUCUGUUGCUCAGUCUUCCUCCAUACCCCAUCCUGCUUCACUAACCCCACUAGUCCUGGAUCAUCUCUAUUUACCUCCCUCUCCCCCAUCUUUAGUCUUUCUCCUAAAAUUGUCUGAGUUUGGUCCUCCCUUGCCAGAAGGCCCUCCCCACGUCUUCAUCCACACUGGUCUCUUCCAUCUGGACUCUCCGGCAGCCGCCUCACUGUUCUCUGCAUCUUCAUUGUUAUCAAUUUUCUUUCAAAAGCUCCUGGGUCCAGACCUAUCAAUAUUCACAGUGGGCCCUUUCCCGCCUUCUUUCUUUGGCUCAUGCCGUUCUCCCCGUGUUGGCUGUUGCUUUGCACAGUGGGUAUGCUAGGUCUGUUGAGACUCAGCUCAAACAUCACAUUCUUAAUUAGCCUUCUCUGACACUGAGGCAAAACUAAAUUGGUUUCUCCCUUUAAAUAGAACUCCUUAAGAAGUAGGACUUUGUCUUGUUCCCCUUUUAUUCUAGUGCCUAGUACAAGAUCUGACUGGCAAUAAUGUUUGCAAGAAAAAGGAGAAAAGUAAAGGUUAUCACUGCUCCAAAGUGGCUGUCACCCUACUAACCAGGGCUGCCCAUCCAGACUCCCAGAGGGCAUACCUGGGGCUGGAAACUCACUCCCUGCCUUUCUGCAGAUGCCUGUGUGAAGGUAGGACUCAGAUGCACUCCCUGUGGUCUGGGCUCAACCAGCCAAAAGAGCAACAAAGACUCCAGAACCCACUCUACAUCCUCAAUCCCUUGGCCAUCUGUGGAGCCCCACAGCCUGCGGCUGUGGCAAGGCCUAUUUCUGCGCUGGACCUGCUCACCUGAGCCUGCAGAAGCUGCAUGGGGGAAGAGUGUGGCAAGUAGUGACAGGAAGGGAGAAGACAGAAGCCUCUCAGCCAACUGCUUCAGCCGAGCCCCUAUUCUAAGCACUGGCUCCUUGGAUAGCAGCUGAGAUGUUCCUGAAACCUCUGCAGGCCCCUUAGGACCUUUACACCUUGGAUGAGGGUGCCUGCAACCCAGGUUAGCCAAAAGUACUGAGGGUCUUAAGUUUGAAGUGUCCAAAGUAUAGGGAGGUCUCAAUAAUAAAAGUCUCCAUGAUCAGCA